UUAUAAUAUCUACGAAAUACAAUUUUAAUCUAGAUCCAUGCGAAUUUACCGGGAAAACUCCAGAAGAAAUGUCAAGUUACGUUGGUGCUCGAAUUCAAAUUGAAACGAGGGAAGGAAAAUAUGAAGGUAUACUUCAAUCUAUCGACCCUGUAACAAAACUGAUUUCCCUUAAACAAGCCACUGCAGUGCCGUCUGGUCAAAAGUACUUAGGUCUUCUCAACUUCUAUGGACAGGAAAUUAUUGAAUUAUUGGUUUUGGAGGAGAAUGAAACCCCACAAGUUGUGGAGAGCAGUCAUGAACAGAAAGACAUUGAGAUACCACAAGCCAGGAGCUAUGAUGAUCCAGAUAUCCCAGAGAUAUUUGAUGAUUAUCAACAAGGAAGUCAACAGAUAAACUCCUAUGAAACAGGAGAUUGGGGUUAUGAUCCUGGUCCUCCAUACAGCAAAGAAGUUACUCUUCCUCAAGAACCAGAAGAUAGUAGGCUAGAUGACUAUUCUCAGGAUCAGUCACACCAAGCUGUAUGUGAAGGAAUAAGUGAUCUGAAUCUGAACAAGAUCAGUCCUUCCCAGCAGCCUCGGCAUGAAACUGCACAAUCCCAUACUCCAGCUAGACAUCCAGAAGUGGCAGCAGAAAGUAACCAGAAAAAUUAUAUUCUCAUCAAUAAACCUGGUGAUGUCUUUGACCAAGCUAUUACAGAUAUGGAGGAGCAGAGUGCUAUAGGGUUAGUACUCAAAGGAUCCAGACUAGGAAGAAAGGGAAAGCUCUCUCUUGUUCUGGUAUUAUGUGACGAGCAGGUAUACAUGUUCGAUGUAUUGGCAAUUCCAUCCCUAUUCACAAGAAAGUUCAUUGACAUACUGCAAUCAUAUGACAUCACCAAGGUGAUUCAUGACUGUAGAUAUGUAUCGGAUCUCCUGUAUCAUCACUAUGGAAUACAACUAAACAGUGUCUUUGAUACACAGGUAGGAGAUAUACUGAUCAAGAAAAGACAGUAUAUGGGAGACUUUCCUCGCCAUGUUAGCGGAACAACCCAGUGCAUCCUAGAGUACCUUGAGAUUAGUAUCCAUGAUAUCGCUAUGCACCUAGAACAGACACAGCGUAUUGCAGAAAAUGAAUCAUCAUGGUUUGAGCGCCCUCUUUCUAAAGGAAACAUUCGAUGUGCUCUUCUGGAUACUGUAUACUUGUUGCGUCUCCGGGAGGCCAUCACAGAACAGCUGAUGGCUGAAGUCACGUGUGCUAUAGAUAUCUACCUGACAGUGGAACGUGACAGGCUUGAAGUUGAUCCAAAGAAGACAUCUUCCAAUGCUCCCUAUGUCCCGAGGGAGUUGAUCAAUGAUCUUCAUCGAAGGGUCGCUCAGGUAGGAAUGAUAAACAAGAGGGUCAAACCCAAAGAACCGUCUUUCCCUCAUCGUCCUCGUUCAUCCACCAGUCAAGACACGAUCCAUUCUCCUCCCAAGGUCCAUUCUCCUCCUAAGGGACCAUCAGGUAGAGGUGUGUAUCUGGAUAAGGGAGGUCAAGAUACUUACAGGGGAUACCAGAAGACAUCACCAGGAAGGACAGCAGCCAAACCUCUGGGACAUGAACCUCCAAGACCACCUUUAAUGAUGGGAAUGUCAGAGACGGAAGAAGACAAAGAGGACAUAGAAGAAGUGUCGAGCGUGAGUUCUGAAGACUCUGAUGAUGCUUUCGCAGACUGUAACGAGAAGGAGCUGUGGCAACAGAGAUAUUCAAAGAAUGUUAAACCUGUGACUCUGAGAGAAGCUUUGUCUGCCAAAGAAAAACAUGAGGACAUGGUUCCAGGAUAUCAUGAUGAAACACAGUCCACCAAUGAUCAUCAGAGUCCUGGACAUCAGCAACCAAAGAACAGUUCUGCUACUUCAACAGUGCCUUCCAGAACAGAUCAUAACAACACAAGUGUUUCUAUCGCAAGUGAUGCCAGUGGGACUGGUGAGACAAAUCUAAAGUCAUCAUCAGAAGACAAGUUAAGAUCAACCAUUGGCGGUUCAAGAACUGCUGAUUUGAGUGAUCAUUCAUAUUCACAACAUCCAGGUUCUACAGCAUCUCUAAAGCUAACAGAUCUUCGGCAAAGUGAUGCAUCUCAGAAACAAGGUUCAGAAGGGCCAAAGACGUCAUCCAACAGGCAACCUGGAGAUGUCAUUCAGAGGAAGCCUAGUAGUAAGACAGGAACAAUCAGUGGACAGGUGUCUUAUGCCGAUGCCUUAGCAGGGAAGAAGAAGGACGAAGAGCUGAAAAUGAAAGCUAAGAGGACAUUGAAGGCUAUUGGAAAAGCUUUGGCAGCAGGAGAGAUCUUCAGUGAUGAUACUGAUGAUAGUAAGGAUAAAGAUAAUGAUGUUGAUCCUCACAAUGGAUACAGUGGACACUCUUCCUAUGAGCAAGGCUACUCUGGAUACAGCAGUAGGAACAAGCAUGUACCUAGCAAAGGCAUUUUAGAUCAGUGUUCACCCCCAUCAACAGGGAGAGGCAGAGCAUCUCUUGCUAACCAUCAAACACAAGUCUUGAAUGCAAGACAGUCACAGCACCAGAGCAGAACUCCAGGAGGUCUAGGAAUGAGAGGUCAAGGUCGCUCGUUUCAAGUUGAUUUCCCUACUGCUGAAGAUAUGGAGUCUGCUCCAGAUAGUGUACCUGUACCUGUUGGAAGUACCUUCUUAUCACAAAGGGCAAUAUAGAUCCUUAAAUACCUGUUCCUCCUUUACCCUGUUUCAAAAAUUGCUACAAUCAAUUGUACAGUUGACUAUGAUCAAUGAUUUGAUCUAUUUUAACACGGACAUUUAUGGUUUAGUGGCCUAUCUUGGAAAAUUUGAGCCUGGGCCAAGCACUGCAAUAAGGUCCCCUUCAAAGAUCUGGUUCCAGUGAAUAUUAACAUCAUACCGUGUUCCAACAUCUGAGGCCUGUAACACAAAGAUUAGCGAUUAAUCACUAAAUGAAUUGGUCUAUCAAGAUCAGUGUUGCAUGCGCAUUUUACUCGGUAGACUGACGAGGAGCCAAUCAGAAUUGUUCUUUCAAAUUUGCGAUCAGUGGCUUACUGUUGUGUUCCUGGACCCUGAUGCCCAGGCAGGCAUUGGGAUCAGGACCCUUCAAACUUCUCACACUGGUAGCUCUCUGGCUGUUCAUCAGAAUGGGGCACUUGCCUCUCAUUAUGCCACUGCUUGUUGUUAUACACUGUCAGUUAUUUGUCUACUACGAUUGACAGUCACUGUAACAGAUUCUAUGGGACUCACAGAAUUCAGAAGUGAACAGUUUAACCCACUACCUACUAAAAUCAGGUAACCCAUCCCAUUUAUUACAAAAGGUAGAUGUACAGAACCUAUGGGAAUUACAGAAUUCAGCAGUCAAGAGGUUAACCCAUUGCCUACUGGAACUUAAUGGUCCCAUCCAAAGCCUAUGUAGAUUACAGAAUUCUGUAAUCAACAGUUCAACCCAUUGUCUACUAAAACUAGGUGCCCACUGUUCAAAACCUAUGGGAAUUACAGAAAUCAGAAGUCAACAGGUUGAUUUGUUACCUUCUAGAACCAGAUGAUCCUUGUACAAAACCUGGUUCAUCGUGUUUCAUCAACACCGUUUGUCUAACAAGUUGUCAGAUCUCACAAUUUCCUGUAGUUUCGAUUGGAUGAGAAGCACGGACUGUUACGUUGUAAACUGUUUGAUAAGGAUACCUUUUCAUUGCUGACAAUUUGCAUGAGAUGGUCCCCAACUAUCCAUUUCCUACUAGAACCAGAUGGCCCUUGUACAAUACAAAUGAAUCACUGAAUUCAGUAGUUGAAGGAUGAAAGACUCGCAGACGCGUACAUCAACAAAAGUUGAAUAAUUGAUUAAUUAGCCAUUCACCUCACCUGGGUUGAGUGCAGCACAAUGUGGAUAAAUUUCUUGCUGAAGGAAAACAUGCAAUGGCUGGGAUUCGAACCCAUGACCCUCUGAUUAAAAACUAGAGACAGACCAUGACGUUCCUACUUUCUGUUUGGGUGUCUGAACAAUUGUCUAUCGUCAAAGUUUUAGUGAAAUUUUUUAAUUGACUCUCUACAUUAUAUAAAAGUGUCAUGUUUCAUAUUGAAUGUUAUAACACCUGUCUAUGUUAUAAGCGUUAUAUUUCAGUUUGAGUUUGAAAGCGUCAUGUCUCAGUUUGAGUUGUUAAAGAACUACAUUAUAAGUGUCAUGAUUCAGUUUGAGUGUUUAAACAAGUGUCAUGUAUCAGAUUUAGUGUUUAAACAACUGUCUGCAUUGAUAAAAGUUGUUUCAUUUGUUUGUUAUAAGCAUCACUAUACUGUUUGAGUGUUUAAACAAUUUUCUGACUUGUAAAGUGCCUUGUUUCAGGUAAAGGGGAAAUUUAGACCUGACAAGAGAUUUAAAACCUUACAAAUGUUUUCUUAGUAUCUUGGAAAUUACAAAUUUUAAGGAAAAAUUUCAACUGCUCAUUUCCAAGAGCUCAACUCUCAUUAAUGAGGUAGCAGCACAUUUUAAGGUUACAUGCAUAUUGUUUCCAUUUUGUUAUUACAUCAAUAACCACAGAGCUAUUAUUAUUAUUAAUUAUUAUUCAAUGCCAUGCAAGAAGGUCUAUGAUACUUUAUGGUAGCUUUUGUUUAACAAUUAUCCCUGUAAAUAGUUAAGAUUUAUUUAUUGUCUGGGUCACCACAAAAACAUAUACUAAAGGCUUGUGCAGACAUUGUGCAAUAUAUACUAUUAGUUUCCAGCCACCCAAAUAAGUCGCCAGUAAAGGUUAUCUUUGAAUAGCCAAAGUAGUAAUCUGGUCUGUCUUCAAAACACAAAAAUUAGCUUUAAUAUCUGAAAGAGUAAUUCUUCACUCUGUCUAAAUCUGCAGAUGUAAAGUUGAAUAAAAAAAACAAGAUACAGGAGUUUCUUUGACACCAAUAUUUGCAGAAUGCUCGAAAGUUUUCAAGAGAUUGCUCAGUGUGCACAUUUCAUGUUUGCAUGAUCUCCAAACUUCACACCUUGUUUUUUUCCUUAUUUUUUGAAGCUCUUGCGGAAAUUCUGCUUUCAAUCAAGUAUUUGUGUGGGUUAUUGUUGACCAAUUUGAUAAGUUAUAUAUUAUUAUAGUGCUUUGGAUGUGUCUUUUCAAGCCCAAAGAAAAGCUAAAAAUUCAUUUUGGGCAACCUAUUGUUGGUUUGGGGGUGGCUGGUCAUAUAUGUACUAAAACCCCCCCCCAAAAAAAAAUAUCUACUGUCAAAGCAAGAGACAUUUCUCUUUGCUCCAUGCGGCUAGAAGUUUUGGACCAUUUACAUUAGGUCAAAGCUAUAUAAUGCAAAUAAUGUCUUUGUGAUUUUGGACAAAACUUCUUAUACGUAUACCUCGGUCACAUUUGCUCUACGGCGAGUCGAAAACAGCCGUUUUAUUCAUUUUUUUAAAACCACCUAUAUGUAGCUGGUGCAAAAAUUGUUAAAACGGCUGUUUUUGACUUGCCGUACGGCCGCCGUAGACCAAAUGUGACCAUUUAGAGUUGAUGCCCGAGUGAUGAAUGUUAGUCGCACCAUGUCAUGUGAUUAGCCCUGAGACCUAAUAAUUUUGUGACCCUGCCAUUAUAUUAUGAAAAUUAGUUUACUUUUCCUGUUUGUGUUGCAGAUAUGGAUAUAUUUUUUUUACUUUUCAUUUCAUGUUGUAUAUUAUUUCUGAUUCCGAUUUCAUUUAUUUGUAUUUAUUUCCAAUCUUCAAUUCUUUUAAAAACACAUUCAAAUACAGUCAAUGUAUACAAAAAAUGGCAUAUCAAUAUAAAAGAUACAAUAUGGGAUAGUCAGCAGAGGCAAUUUUUUUGUAUGUGUGCUUAAAUAAGAGUUGUGAACAAAGCAGAAGAAACAGAUUUAAUUCAAGAACAGAUCUAUCAUGACCUAUGUACUCUGGGUUGGUAUAGACAGGUGACAACUUUUUGCCAAAGUUAUAUUGGAGAACUAUUAAGACUACAAUCCACUAAAUCAGUAUCCAGGAUUUAUACCUUUAAAGAUCCUGUCCUGUAUUUUGCUUUAUCAAGAUUAUAUUUUUCUUUGAAUAUGUUCAGUAAAUGUACUACAUGUAAAUGCUUUAGAAAUAUCAUUAGAAAAAUAGUUUUUGACAUAUUUUGGGCAUCACUAAGAACAGAAAGAGAUUGCAUGGGUUAUGCUGAAUUAUAAAGAGAUAGCCUACGAAAUGUGUUGGUACAUGUCUAUGAAAUAAUUGUGAAAUUAUGUGACUUUCAGGGCUAUCGUUUAUAAGUUUCACUGCAUAUUUUGUUGGCACACUCCCCAGGGAGUGUAGAAAGUGCAUAAAUUUGAGUGCGGGUAAGCCAGGAUCAAAUGACUGGUAAUUUGGGGCUGUAAUGGCCCACCUCUCUGGGAAUGACAAGACUCAAAAUACCCCAGGAAUAUGGUACAACAUAGAAUGCAUGUCUGUAUUUCAGUAUUACAGUCAUUUAUAUCAAUCAUAUUCAAGUAACUUGACCAUCAAAUCUCUUGGGACGACAGAAACCUUUUUACUUGUUGCAAGUCUAGAUGAUUUUUUUUGAGGUAGUAUCAACUGUGUUUGAAGUCUGCAUGAAAAAUAAAAAAUACUACUGACGUCUGCAUUUCUUUGACAAAUUUAUAUGAACCUUCCUUUUUUUGUAAAUAAAUCCUUUUUCUAUUGAAGUUUUUUUUUCAAA